AUGGUGCUCAAUAACCCUCAGCUCCAUCAUGCUGUUACCUUCUCCAACAAGGUAUUCAGAAAGGAUAAAGAGUUCUCCCGCUAUGUACGUCGCUUUCGUGAUUGUGCAAUUUACCCUUCCUUCACCAUUCAGCCAUCUGCCUUUUCAAGGUAUGAUAUGGAUAUAUCUGCCUUGAUUCGCAACCUUGGUUGGGAGUCCCUGUUUGAAGAUCAACGGUUUACCUACUGUCCCGAGGCUGUGAGGUUGUUCUAUGUGAACCUCAAACGGUUGCCACACAAUGGUCUCAAGGCAGGGGAUGAUGGACAGUUUCAUGAUUACAAUUUCGACUAUCAUCAUGUCCACAACUCCCUCGUGCAUGAUAUUGGUCGAUAUUUUCCCAAUCGCCUUGAUGUUGGGCGUCUUCCCGAUGAUCUGCGUGUUCUCCAUUUCUUCAUCACUAGGAUUCUUCUGCCCAGAUCUCUAUCAAGUGCCACGCUACUGCACACAACUGAUCUCUGGAUCCUCCAUCAUGCUCGUUCUGGCCAGGCUAUCAGCUAUGCAUCCUUAGUCUUUUGUCAUCUUGUCAAGUAUGGAGAUGACAAUUAUGAUGGCUGGUUGCCUCUGGCGCCUCUAAUCACCCAGCUUCUGAGGAAGUUAGGAGUUGAUCUUCGUGACAAGGUCACACUUUGCAACGUCCAUGAUGACCUGAAGGCACAACAUGUUCUUGCUUGUCUCGAUGCAAGAGUUGGACCCCGCAAGCCUGUCACUGGCUCAGGGGGAGAGGUCGCUGCUUUGGUCAAAGCUCUAGUGUCUGCUGCUGAAGUGGUUGUCGACCAUGAGCUAACUGGGUUCUCCAGUGAAAACCUCAAAGGGAAGCGGAAGAUUCCUGUAACCACCCUGACAUCCUUGUCUACUCGGUUGGAACUUCUCAGAGAUGGAGGUGGAGCAAGCUCGUCCAGCAUCAGGGAGGAGGACGAAGAUGUUGAAGAAACUGAAGAGUUCGGGGAUAUCUCGGAUUAUGAUUCUCCUCCUCACUACCCCUUUUAG